AUGCAUAACUGUGAAUUGGUGCGAUGAAAAGGUAGAAUUGCACUUGUCCACCAAACUUUCAGUUUUUGUACAAAAGUAUAAAACAAAGAAACUUCCUUUGUUUAGUGCUACAAAAAUGGGUGUACCUUCAGCAAGAAAUCCUGAAGCUAUGGAUGUUGAAAUAAUUUCUCCUGAAAGUCAAAAUGGAGAUGGAGACAUUUCUGAUAAAAAGGAUACUGAUCUUCAAUCAAUUCAUGACAUUCGUGAACAUACUCGUCAAAUAGAGAAAGCCAUACAAAGCAAAGAACCACGAUUCAUUUUAAGAGCUCUACGUACAUUACCUAAUACACGUAGAAGAUUAAACUCUAAUGUUUUACGUGGAGUAAUUUUAAGCUUUUAUUCUAAACCUUGUGCUGAACGUGAUGCAUUAUUGUCAUGGUUAGAAGAACCUACUGAAUCUGAAGAAACACAAAAGCUUAGAAUCUCUACCAUAAACCCUUUACCAGAAAUUGAUGCUUAUAUUCAUUUGUUAGUUCUUGUGCAUUUAAUUGAUAGUAACAAGCAUGAAGAAGCUGUUCAAUGUUCUGAGACAUUGUUACAGAAGAUUAUUGCUCAAAAUAGACGUACUAUUGAUUUAAUUGCUGCAAAAUGUUAUUUUUACUAUUCAAGAGCAUAUGAAUUAGUUGGGAGAUUGAAUAAAAUUCGUGGAUUAUUGCAUCUGAGACUGAGAACAGCAACAUUAAGAAAUGAUUUUGAAGGGCAAGCAGUAUUGAUUAACUGUUUACUACGAAAUUAUUUACAUUAUAAUUUAUAUGAUCAGGCAGAUAAACUAGUACUGAAAUCAACUUUCCCAGAAUCUGCCAGCAAUAAUGAAUGGGCCAGAUUUUUGUAUUAUCUGGGACGUAUUAAAGCAGCUAGAUUAGAGUAUUCAGAUGCACGUAAAUAUUUGGUACAAGCUCUUAGAAAAGCUCCACAAAGCACUGCAGUAGGCUUUCGUCAGACAGUUCAAAAAUUAGCUGUAACUGUGGAACUCCUGCUUGGAGAUAUCCCUGAGCGUCAAACGUUCAGACAAGCUGCUAUGCGUCGUGCUUUAGCACCAUAUUUUCAAUUAACUCAAGCUGUACGUCUAGGAAAUCUUCAACGUUUUGGUGAAGUUUUAGAAAAUUUCGGGCCGCAAUUUAGAGCAGACCAUACGUUUACUUUGAUUCUCCGAUUAAGACAUAAUGUUAUUAAAACUGCAAUUCGAUCAAUUGGAUUGUCCUAUUCUAGAAUUUCUCCUGCAGACAUUGCAAAGAAAUUAGGUUUAGAUUCCAGCGUCGAUGCAGAGUUUAUUGUCGCUAAAGCUAUUAGAGAUGGUGUAAUUGAAGCUACUUUGGAGCCAGAAAAUGGGUACAUGCGUAGUAAAGAAACUACCGAUAUUUAUUGUACUAAGGAGCCGUUACUGGCGUUCCACCAGAGAAUUACUUUCUGUUUAGAUUUACAUAAUCAAAGUGUUAAAGCUAUGAGAUAUCCGCCAAAAUCUUAUGGAAAAGAUCUUGAAUCGGCCGAAGAACGAAGAGAAAGAGAACAGCAAGAUUUGGAACUUGCUAAAGAAAUGGCAGAAGAAGAUGAUGAUGGAUUUCCUUAGAUUGUUAAUAUUUUCAAUACGUUUAAUUAAUAAAAUGAGUUAUCAUGAAAUAUUCUUCCUCGUUUCUUAUGUUUCAUAUUAAAUGCACAGUAAGAAACUUUGUUUUAAUAUUAAAAAAAUUUGAAAGAUUGAA